GAGGAAGCCCAGUGUCCGGCAGUGGGACAAGAUGGAAGGAGAUCGAUUUUGGCUGAAAUUCUGCACAUUUUCUCAUCGAUGAAACAUUUUAUCACAAUACAGUUUUCUGUUCCCAAAAACUAGAAUCUGAUAUGAACAGAGUGGACUACAUUUUGUAGACUUUAAUCUUUGCUCAAGUUGUUUAAAAGGAGUGUAAAGGUGAAUUGAGUUAUUGCACACAGAGUAGGGGUUCCCUAACGGAAAUAUGCAGAUAUCUUCUUGAACGGGCCAAUAGGAUAGAAAAAAAUAGAAAAAUAAGUACAGGACAAACGAAAGGAGAGUGCGGGGCCGUGAGUAUCAGUGAAGGCUUUAUUGAUUUUGUCCUAAAAUGAAGUUACUAAAAGUAAACUUAAGGUAUGUAAGUGCAGUGCCAUGUUUGGUGGAGCACAGAGAACAAGGAGUGUAACGUUAGACCGGAACACAGACCAGCCGUCCGCUAGAUGGCAGUGUAUUCCUAACUCUCUCCUCAAGCUGCACUUUGCCCUGCAGCCGAGCAACAGGUAAACACGGAAGUAACGCACUUGCUUGCCAGCAAAAUACAUACCAAAAAAAAAAAAUCGAUAAUUUGACCGUUAAAACAUCUAUUUAAUGCCAUGAUUUUGUCCAUAAAUACACACAUAUUUAACUUAUUUAGUGAGGUCGUUAUUGAGCGUUAAAGUUUACAGGACAAUGUAUAAUAAAGCGUCUGGAUAUCAGUCUCUACCGCAACGAGAUUUGAUCACUGCCAAACCGGGGUUGUUCGUGGCGACAGAAAGCUUCGUCCAAUCUCCAUUCCACCAUCAUAAAGGACAUUCGUUUGACUACAUCCCCAAUGUUAGAGACAACGACUACAGUGACUCCACUCAGGGAUGGCUGUCCUGGAUCUGCAAUGUUAUUGUCUGCUUCAUGGUCUAUAUCUGCACCUUCAUAACCUUCCCCAUAUCAGGCUGGUUCGUACUGAAGGUUGUCCCUAACUACCAGCGCAUCGUAGUGUUUCGUCUGGGCAGAGUACGUCCUCCUAAAGGGCCAGGAGUGGUGUUGCUUCUGCCUCUUAUUGACCAGUGGCAGAGAGUUGACCUACGAACCCGGGCCUUCAACAUCCCUCCAUGCCAGGUUACGACCAGGGACGGAGGUGUGGUGUCUGUAGGGGCAGAUAUUCAGUUCCGUAUCUGGAGCCCGGUGAUGUCAGUGGUGUCGGUUCAGGAUCUUAACGCCUCCACACGCCUCACUGCCCACAACGCCAUGACAACCAGCCUGGGCAGGAAGAGCGUCAGGGAGAUUCAGACUGAGAGAAUCAAACUGGGAGAAUACCUUGGGAUGGACAUCAAUGAGAUGACCAAGCCCUGGGGUCUGGAGGUAGACAGGGUGGAGCUGACUGUAGGUGCUGUCCUGAAGCCCCCAGAGGACCAUUCAUCUGGGCCUGGCUCGGUCAUCCUACCCCCCUCUAUUCCUGGUCUCGAGGGCCUGGCUGGACCCAUACAACAACUGGCUAUGCACUUCCUGGGCAAUAUGGCUGGCGGUAACAAUGGAGCUCCCCUGGUUAGGACAGAGGACAGCAUCAGCUUCUCAGACGAGGUGAGCAGUGCUCCCCUGGCUAUAAGUCGUACCGGAGCUGUAACCAGGCCCAUGUCAGUGCUGGAACUGUACGAGGGCCUUCUCCUCUCAGAGUCUCUGGUCAGUCAGGUGGGAGCCUGCUUCCUGUUCCUCCUCCAAUCGCCUGACGGACAACAGACAAGCUAUUACGUAGACCUCAGCCAAGGUAGUGGCUCAGCCGGACCAGGGUCCCCUCCAGAGGGCCAGGUACCAGAUGUCACCCUCAGUAUGACGGACCAGGACCUGCUGGCUAUGUUCGAGGGAACCCUACGACCCUUCGCAGCCUACGCCACUGGGCGACUCAAGGUCCAGGGAGACUUGAAGACUGCCAUGAAGCUGGAGGAAGUCAUCAAGCUACUCCGGCCUUAAGCACUGGCUUCAGACCUGUCCUUAUAUAAAUACCAGGUCCUAGAAAUACAUGGUUCUGACCUUAACCACUGGCUUCAGACCUGCCUUUAUAUAAAUACCAGGUCCUAGAAAUACAUGGUUCAGGCCUUAACCACUGGCUUCAGACCUGCCUUUAUAUAAAUAUCAGGUCCUAGAAAUACAUGGUUCUGACCUUAACCACUGGCUUCAGACCUGCCUUUAUAUAAAUAUCAGGUCCUAGAAAUACAUGGUUCUGACCUUCACCACUGGCUUCAGACCUGUCCUUAUACACGUACCAGGUCCGAGAAAUACAUGGUCACUAAUAACAGUUCAUAUAGACCCAUCUCUUUGAUGUUGUGGUUUAAAAAGUAACAUUUGAUGACAAGCAUGUCAAUCUCUCAUGGCUCAAAGUGGAAGAGAGAUUUGACUUCCUCAUUACGACAAGCUGAAGGUAACGAGCUGUCUGUUUAAAGUACUGGCACACAGCUCUGAUAAAAAUGCAUACCCCACAAGACAUGCCACCAGAGGUCUCUUCACAGUCCCCAAGUCCAGAACAGACUACGGGAG